AUGUUAAUGGAUACGGAAUACUCGUGGUGGAUUGCAUUGGGAAGUAUCUACAUGGCUCUGCCAUUGCUGGCAUACACAGUAAUACCAUAUCUGUUUUACGGCAACAGAUCUACAAAAAAGAGAAUCAUCGUAUAUGUUAUAGGUGAUUUAGGUCACUCGCCUAGAAUGUGUAAUCAGGCAGCUAGCUUUAGUAAGCAUGGCUGGGAAGUGGAACUUUGUGGAUAUCUGGAGGGUGCUGUACCAAAGUUCAUUGAGGAUGAUCCGAACAUAACGAUCCAUGAGCUCCCAGUGUGUGAUCAUGUAAGAGGAAAGCAGCCCUUAGCAGCUAUGAUUCAUAAGGUGACGUUUCAGAUGCUCGCCAUUAGCAAACAGCUUUGGAAACUUAGAGGUAGUGACUAUCUUUUGAUGCAAAACCCUCCUAGUAUACCCAUUAUGCCCUUGGCAGUGCUCUAUAGAUUUACAGGCUGUAAACUGAUCAUUGAUUGGCACAAUUUGGGUUAUUCAAUCUUGCAACUGAAGUUCGGUUCAUUCUACCAUCCUUUUGUCUUGAUCUACUAUAUGAUCGAAUAUUUCUUCAGCAAGUUUGCUACAUACAAUCUCACUGUCACCAAGGCAAUGAAAGAUUAUUUAGUAAAGAAUUUUGGCCUCAAAUCAAAGAGAUGCGUUGUGCUCUAUGAUCGCCCAUCAUCACAGUUUGGACCACUAUCGACGACUGUAGAUCGUUCGCAUGCGCUUCACAAUGAAUCGUUCAUAAAGGAUUACGUGCCAAAAGAUUUCGAUCUUGGUAAAGGAGAUAAGGUUUUCGUCACUUCCACCUCAUUCACCCCAGAUGAAGAUAUAGGCAUCCUAAUUGGAGCUUUGAAAAUAUACGAGAACUCAUGUAAAAAGUUCGAUAAGAGUCUACCCAAAAUUUUGUGCUUCAUAACGGGCAAAGGUCUCUUGAAACAAAAAUUCAUCGAAAGGGUUAGGCAAGAGAAGUGGGAAAAAUGUAACAUCAACUUUUUGUGGCUGUCCCCGACGGACUACCCUAAACUGUUACAAUUAUGUGACUAUGGUAUUUCUUUGCAUACCUCAAGUUCUGGGUUAGAUUUGCCGAUGAAAAUUCUAGAUAUGCUUGGGUCCGGCUUGCCAGUGAUUGCCUCUAAUUAUCCGGUGCUAGAAGAACUACUGGUGCAUGAGAAGAAUGGUCUGAAAUUUCUCGACAGGCGAGAAUUGCACGAAGCCUUAGUGUUUGCCAUGAAGGACGCGAAUAUAUAUAAAUCUCUGCAUGAAACGGUACUCUUAGAGCAAGGAAACAGAUGGGAUUCGAGUUGGAAAACAGCCAUGAAAGAAAUUAAUCUUAUAAACUGA